AUGAAUUUUAUAGUGAAAAACCUCUACAACCAUGCCAAAAUCCUUAUGCUAUUAAGUUUCGUACUCGUGAUAUUAUUCACCGGCAUUUUUCUUCGUACAAAAAAUAAGCAAUCACAAAUCUCGACUUUGGACGACAUUCAAGAGCUCGAGGACAACACUGAAUACGAGUCCAUGAUAAAUGCGAGCGCAACGGAGCCGGGAAAAACGAGAAGAAAAGAAUACCUGUACCGCCUCUUGACAAAUACUACCCGUUCCCUCAUACAAAUGGAAAUAAAAGCUAGGAGACUGGAGGAAAAUAUGCGCAGGAUUAAGGAGAAGACUGCAGAUUUAUUGUGGAAGAACAAGGACAAAGCUUUGUGGCAUAUUUUGUUCAAGAAUAUAAGCAGGCAUAUUUCAAUCCGACACGAGUUCCACCAACACGCAAGUCUGAGGCGGAUAAUGCAAGACAGCAACACGCACACACACAAUAGAAAGGCGGGACGUAGAAAACUUCUGUACCGAAGAUAA